AUGUCGAAUAAUAAUCAACAAUAUCCAGGCUUACAGCCACUGCGGCCUCCAAUGUCCGGUUCAAUGGAUCCUCAGCGCAAUUUCGGUCAACUCAUGCCUGUUCAAUUCCACCCCGGUGUUCCAAAUCAACAGCCACAACAGUUUGUUCCCAUGCCUCCUCAACAUUACCACCAACAGUAUAAUGUUGGAAUGCCGCCUCAAAAUCAACAGCCGCAAUUUUCUCAAACAAUUCAGCAGUUUCCUCCGAGAGUUGGUCAGCAGUUACCAGUUCAACCACAAAUGAUGCAAAUGCCAAUUGCCCGGCCUAACAUGCAAUCCUCGUCUGAUUCAAUGAUGCCACAGCCUGAUUCUCAAGCUCCAAAUGGAUAUACACCAGGUUUAGGUGGCCCCGGAAUGCCACUUUCUUCAUCGUUUAUGUUUGCGCCAUCCUCUUAUGGUCAAGCGCCACAAACUAAUUUUAAUUCUACCGGCCAAUACCAACCUGUUCCCCAAAUCCAAGCUCCCGCUAGUUCUUUGUCCCAGAGCAUUACUCCUGGUACAACUCCUCAGAGCAACGGCGAGCAACCUACAGCUACAACUAUCAUGCCUUCUGCUACAAAUGUCCAGCCACACCUUAACAAGGUUGGCUCCUCUGAUUGGAUCGAGCAUACGUCCUCUACUGGAAGAAGAUUUUUCUACAAUAAGAGGACUAAAUUAUCUAGCUGGGAGAAGCCUUUAGAAUUGAUGUCACCUAUUGAGAGGGUAGAUGCAUCAACAAACUGGAAGGAGUAUACGAGUCCUGAUGGAAGAAAGUAUUACUACAACAAGAUCACGAAGGAAUCAAAGUGGUUAAUUCCCGAGGAACUGAAGUUUGCCCGUGAGCAAGCUGAAAAGGAAAAGGUCAAUGCAACUCUUCCCGAGCCACUACUGAAUCCCUGUACUCAACCCUCUGCAGUUUCUGUGACUGAAGCAAUGCCUAGUACGGAUAUUUCAUCUUUACCUGGCCAAAACGACCCAUCAAGUCCUGUUUCAGUUGCUCCAGUUGUCACCACGUCCCCUAUUAAUCUGCAAUCCGAGAUAACUUCCGGAUCACAUGCCUCUCCUUCUGCAGCCGCUACAACUGGAACAAAAGUUGAUGAACCUGAGGCACCCAUAAAUACUAUCAAUCCACCAGAUGUUAGUGUGGGAAGUGAUAGAGCAGUUGUUUCUGAUACUAAUAUUGCUGCAACACCAAAGAAUGACGCCAAUAACUUUUCAGCUCAAGAUACUGUAGUUUCUUCUGCUGAUGGGGUUCCUGGAGAAGAUAAAGAAGUUGGAAAAAUUGAUUCAAUAGGGGAAAACGUUAAUGACGUGGCCUCAGAAACAAAGGCAGUUGAGCCAGAAUCCUUAGUUUAUGCGAAUAAGAUGGAAGCUAAAGAUGCAUUCAAAGCACUCUUGGAUUCUGUAAAUGUUGGAUCUGACUGGAAUUGGGAUCGGGCCAUGCGAUUAAUAAUUAAUGACAAAAGAUAUGGUGCCUUAAAAUCUCUGGGAGAAAGGAAGCAAGCUUUCAAUGAGUACUUAACUCAAAGGAAAAAACAGGAAGGAGAAGAAAAGCGUAUGAGGCACAAAAAAGCAAAGGAGGAUUUUAGAAAAAUGUUGGAAGAGUCCACGGAGUUGACUUCAUCCACUAGAUUCAGCAAAGCAGCAGUUAUUUUUGAAAAUGAUGAACGUUUCAAAGCCGUUGAGCGAGAAAGAGAUCGCAAGGAUAUGUUUGAUAGCUUCUUGGAGGAACUUUCAAACAAGGAACGGAAGCGAAAUACAGUGGAAUACAGGAAAUAUUUGGAAUCUUGUGACUUUAUAAAGGCUAAUACGCAGUGGCGAAAAGUUCAAGACCGCUUAGAGGCCGACGAAAGAUGUUCUCGACUUGAAAAAAUUGAUCGUUUGGAAAUAUUUCAAGAUUAUUUGCGUGAUUUAGAGAAGGAAGAGGAAGAGCAGAAAAAGAUACAGAAGGAAGAAUUGAGAAAGACGGAACGUAAAAACCGUGACGAGUUCCGCAAAUUGAUGGAUGAACACAUUGCCUCAGGCAUUCUUACAGCAAAAACUCACUGGCGUGAUUAUCAUUCACAGGCGAAAGAAUUACCAGCCUAUCUAGCAGUAGCUUCAAACACCUCAGGUUCAACUCCAAAAGAGUUGUUUGAAGAUCUUGCCGAAGAGCUAGAGAAACAAUAUCAAGAAGAAAAGAGUCAAAUAAAAGAUGCAGUGAAGUUGGCAAAGAUCACGUUGUUAACAACCUUGACUUUUGAAGACUUCAAAUCAGCUUUAUCAGAACACAUUAACUCUCUGCCUCUAUCUGAUUCCAACUUAAAGUUAGUGUUUGAAGAGCUACUAGAACGGGCUAGGGAGAAGGAGGAGAAGGAAGCUAAGAAGCGUAAACGUCUUGCAGAUGAUUUCUUUCAUUUACUAUAUUCUACCAAGGAUAUUUGUGAGUCUUCAAAGUGGGAGGACUUUAGGCCACUUGUUGAAGAUAGCCAAGAGUUCAGAUCUGUUGGAGAUGUGAGCCUCUGCAAGAAAAUGUUUGAGGAGUACGUUACGCAACUGAAAGAAGAGGCAAAAGAGAAUGAGCGGAAACGAAAAGAGGAAAGGGCAAAGAAGGAUAAAGAUAGGGAGGAAAGAGAAAGAAGGAAAGCAAAGCAGAGAAGGGAAAAAGAGGGAGGGCGCGAAAGAUGGAAAGAGGAGACACAUAAGAGAGAUAGAACAGACAGUGACAGUAUGGACUUAAAUGAUAUCCAAUCAUCUAAAGAAAACAAAAGGAAGCAGCAUCAAAGUCCGGACUAUGUUUCUCACGAAACUGAUAAAGAGAGGACUAAGAAAUCUCAUGGUCACAGCAGCGACCGCAAGAAAUCCAGACGGCAUAGUUCCGGUCAUGACUCUGAUGAAGGACGGCAUAAGCGACACAGGAGAGACCACCGGGAUUCUCACAGAGAAGGCGAGCAGCUUGAAGAUGGGGAGUUUGGCGAUGACAUGGUUAUGGAUAGAUGGUAA